GCGAUCCAUCUCAAUUCCAAGGAACUCAUUUUCUCUGAACGAGAUAGGAAAAGGGGAAUUCCCGACGAACUUCUUCUCGGCGAAUUGGCAACUUCCAACCCCAAAAUUUCUCUUUCUUUCUCCCUAGAGCCGGUUCUAUACACCGCUCCCUGUUAUUUCCAAGUACUGACUUGAGCUUUGGAGAAGGUCCCAGCCGACCACAACCGGCGGGUCCUCUUUUGCAGGUAUUCAUCUCGAAAGCUGGAAUCCAACGGAAAAUCAAAAGGUCAACGCUCUCCGGACUCUACAACGUACGAGGUCGGCUAUUUUAGCUUGGCAUCAACAAUUGGCGCCCACCGUGGGGCCCGGUGAGAUUACUACCUAUAGAUUUCCAAUUCAACCAGUCGAGAUGGAUACAACGGAUUCUCAACUGCAUGUUGAGAUCGGUCAAGGUUCAACUCCAAACCCUGAGCAAACUCUACCAUCCCAAAGGGUUGAAGAUUUGCAGGCUGAAAUUGAGCGACUUCGUGCUCAGAUUCGGUCUGCAACGGAGGCUUCACAACCACCUCCGGUUCCUCUACCAACUUUCUACGGAAGUACGGGAGUCCCUAGAUCCUCCAACAACCAUCAUAAUGGCAUUCCGGCAACAACUGAAGCAGCGGCCCAAGAUGUCCCCCCAAUUGUUCCUCACCUCGAAGAACUUCCUCCCCUGGGGACGUUUUCUCAACCAAGUACCGGUCGCCCCCUUGCUUUGGCCAUUCUAAAUGAGCCGUACCCGGGAAACAUCCAUAUACCCAACCUUCCGGAGUACAAUGGCACCACCGACCCAGAAGAUCAUCUCAGUUCCUUUUAGAUUUUAAUGCCUCUUAUUGGGGCCUCUGAUGCCACCAUGUGUAAAAUAUUUCCCGCCAUACUUGGAGGGGAUGCUCGUCGAUGGUACUCUCAGCUUCGUAAUGGUAUCAUCAACAACUUCACCGAAUUUUCCACACUGUUUCGGUGCAAGUUUUAUGCCCAAAAGCGACAAGCAGUGAGCAUUAAUCAGCUCAUGAAUACCAAGCAACGAGAGGGUGAGGCUUUAAAAGCCUAUUAUGCUAGGUACAGCACCUUGGCUAUAGGCGUCACUUCCCUCUCUAUUGAAGUAAUUGUCAACACGCUGACACGAGGAACAACAAACAGUCUUCUUCGAGCUUCCCUCAUCAAGAAACCCCCUCGGAGUAU